AUGGCGCGCCCGCAUGUCGAGCCGCCGGCGCUCGGGGCCGACGAUAUCAACGUGAGCUUUCCAAUACCACGGCCAAUUUCUGUCUUUCAGUUGUCGGGGGUAUCAAGUACAGGCAGCGGCCGCUUCGUGCUACCGGAUUUGGCACUACGUAAAGUGAUAAAAAAACCAAUUUUUGAGAAUUUUGAUGAGUCAGCGUAUAAUGUCAAGCCACCAACCCAGAUGUUGCGUUUUAUUGACGGAUUACGGUACCAUAAACCAACCUCUAAAGAGAGUGAAGCAUUAAACCUCAGCAGUGCCACUGAAAGAAUUUAUCUUCAUGUGCUAAAUGAUAUUCUGAUGAUGUGUGGAGCCCGCAAAGGAGCGCGUUUUAGCUCGUUGGAUGUUAAUAGAUUGAGAGCAAUUGCUGACCAAUUAGGAUCGAGAUAUGAAGCCGUGGAUAAAACUUUUCGCACACUUUCAACGGAUGUGAUGAGGUAUCGCUUUCAAGGAGUGACGAGACUGGAAGAUGAUCCGUCGCACUUUGAGUUUCUUGCCAAUCGUCGUCGCAAUAGUUUAGUUGGGAUGGAAUUGCUGAAUCUUGAGGACCAAGUGAGACGAAAGGCGUUUCACUUUCAAUGGCUGGCUCGACAGUAUGUGGUAACAUUUGCACAGCUCAAGACAGCGAUGCAAGAGAUCUGUGAUCGUGUCCAGAAAGACAUGGCUGUUUUGGGAGCGCUAUCAGCGCCUACACUUGCAGAUAUCAACGAUGCAGUAGAAGCAGAGUUUGAGUCGAAAACACACCGACCGUUUCCAACGUUCCUCUUUGUCCUCAUUCAGAAAUACCAUCGCGAGCAACGCAAUAAAAGUACGGUGUGGACCAUUCACUCGGACGAACCGCCUGUAGACUCCAUCGGGCACUUCGUCCUCUAUUUAUCUAGUGUCUUGCUCCAACCGGCACCGAUGACGGCAGCAGAGCUGCACAGUGUUCAAGUGCUCUUGCAAAUUGUUAAGGCAGAAUUCCGGAUAGAUUAUCACUCGAUGAUUCUUGUGGUGACUAAGGUAGUACAAGCAGACGGCCAAGUGAUCGUGAACACCUUAUCCCGUUCAUGGCCAGAUAGCGUAACAACCGGCGUUGAGCAUCCGUGUCGGCAUGCCAGCGAUGUCCGAGUACUCACGCACGAGACAAUGGGUUCUCUGCUCUUUGCCUUCUUGACGACAGUCCGAGAGCUACGAUUAGUACCGCGUAAGAAAGAGCUUCUAAAUCGCGGGAAGAAGAUGAAAGAGACAUAG